AUGUCAGAGCCGGCGGUUGUGGAGCUGCGCCGCCUCGAGGCGGCCCUGCUCGACGAGGUCGGCCCGGCCCGCUCGUCCCGGUGGCGGGCGGUCCUCCAGCGCUCGGGCGGGCUUCAGGCGCCGCUGCGAGGCAGGGGCGCAGAGACAGAGGCACCCCACCGGCUCGCGAGUGGUGCGCGCUUGAAACAGGCGCUGCUCCGCGGCAGAAGCUCAACCUUCCUACUGACGCGCGUCGGGUCCGGGCCAAGCGCUCCCGCCGGAGUGCAGCUGCGGGCUCAGCCGGCGGGCAAGCGGCCGAGAGAGGACGGCGAGCUGCCGGCGCCCUCCCAAGCCGCCGAGGCUGACUUGCAUCUGGCGCAGUAG